AAUGCCAUGCGCGCGCUACUGCAUCUGCGGCUCAUCAAUCCGUGCAGUCCCAGAGCACCCCGUCUUCCCGCUACUCCCGCAAGGGCGCUCGUCGCUUCCUUCUCCGGGGCGUGGCAGGCACCUUCUGGUAGAGCGAGAGCGAGAGCAGCGCCGCCGGCAGUUCGCGCUAUGGCGUCCCAGCAGGUGUUCCGGGCUCAGCAGCAGCAGCAGCAGCAGUUCCCGGCUCAGCAGCAGGAGUCCCAGCCGGGGAAGGAGCACGCGAUGGACCCCCGGCCCGAGGCCAUCGUCCAGGACUACAAGGCCGCCAACAAGCUCAAGGACAAGGUGGCGCUCGUGACCGGCGGCGACUCCGGCAUCGGGCGCGCCGUGUGCCUGUGCUUCGCGAAGGAGGGCGCGACGGUGGCCUUCACCUUCGUGAGGGGGCAGGAGGAGAAGGACGCGGAGGAGACGCUGCGUGCGCUGCGCGACAUCGGGUCCGAGACGGGCGCGCGCGAGCCGAUGGCCCUGCCCGCCGACCUCGGGUACGAGGCCAACUGCCGGGAGGUGGUGGAGCGGGUGGCGUCGGCGUACGGCGGGCGCAUCGACGUGGUGGUGAACAACGCGGCGGAGCAGUACGAGCGGGAGAGCAUCGGGGACGUGACGGAGGCGGACCUGGAGCGCGUGUUCCGCACCAACAUCUUCUCCUACUUCCUGGUGUCCAAGCACGCGGUGCCGCGCAUGGAGCCCGGCGCCUGCAUCAUCAACACCUCCUCCGUCAACGCGUACAAGGGCAACAAGACGCUGCUGGACUACACGGCCACCAAGGGCGCCAUCGUGGCCUUCACGCGCGCGCUCUCGCUGCAGCUGGCCGACAGGGGCAUCCGCGUCAACGGCGUCGCGCCGGGCCCCGUCUGGACGCCGCUCAUCCCGGCGUCCUUCGGCAAGGAGAAGGUGGAGCAGUUCGGGUCCCAGGUGCCCAUGAAGCGCGCCGCGCAGCCGGCCGAGAUCGCGCCCAGCUUCGUCUUCCUCGCCAGCAACCAGGAUUCGUCCUACAUGUCCGGCCAGAUCCUCCACGUCAACGGAGGCGUCAUCGUCAAUAGCUAGAUACGGAAGCUGUUUUGCUGUCGUGUCCAAGUCUAAGGGAACAAAGCGAGUGUCCGUGUGUACCAGGUAGCAGUGUCAGUACGUGCACGCAGGAAGGCAAGGCAGGGUUCAGUUGUAGCGGUGUGUAAUGCUGUCAGCACAGCACUUGUAAAGAAGGAAGGUGUCUGAAUAAAUAUGCGUCCAAGCAUGAAGACUUCCUCCGUACGUGGUUUGCACAAAAUAAUCGUACGUCCCGGUGCAGUGGUACUUGCUAGUGCACCAUUCUCCCCCUC